CCCCAUGAUGAAUUCCCGUGUGAGGCCAGACGUGAGCUCGGGGCUGGACUCCGAAAACGACCUCGUGGGCUCGGUGCUCCGGCCCGCCAAAAGCAAUUUCCAGGACGACAGCGACGACGACUUUUCAGCCCUCUCGUUUGGGGCGUUGAGCUCUGCGCAGAAGAAGCUAAUGGCCGAGGACAGGGCCAGCAGAGGCCCGCAAAAGGCCCCCGGAAAAGACCGGGAGGCGCCCUCAAAACCGGGUCUUUUACAGAAAACAUCCCGGGGCCACAAAACCGGUACUGCCCGGGACCGCCUGCAGAGCGCCGGGCCCAGUGACUCGGAGCUGGACGACAAAGAGGCGUUUCUCGAGGCGCAGCAGCCCAAAACCCACAAGGCCAAGAAAAGCUUGCAGCACCGCCGCAACAAGCACGCGCCCGCGGAGGCGUCGCUGAAGCGGCCCGUGCCGAAAAUCCGCGAGAUCGCGGGCUUGAAGACGGCCAAGGAAAGCACGCUCUACCACGACAUCCGGUUCGACGCGGCCUACGGCAAGGCCGACUGGAGCCGCAUCCGCAAGGACUACGCGUUUCUCGACGAGUACCGCGAACAGGAGAUCAAGGACAUGCAGAAGACGCUCAAGGACAAGAAGUCCAUGCUGCGCAUGUCGGCCCGCGACGCGGACAACCUCAAGUUCGAGAUGCAGUCGCUCAAGUCCCGGUUGGACACGUUGAAGAACCGCGACUUGGCGUCCACCAUAGUGCUGGGCCACAAGAAGGAGCAGAUGCACAAGAUGCGCACCGGCGAGCAGGUCAACCCGUACUUUUUGAAGAGGUCCGAGCAGCGCAAGAUGGUGCAGAAGGCCAAGUUCGACAGCAUGCGCGCGGGCCAGCGCGAGAAGGUCAUGGAGAGGAAGAGGAAGAGGCGUUUGGGCAAGGAGUUCAAGCAGCUCGAGUUCCGCGACGCGCAGUAGGCGGGGAAGUAGCGAAUACACGCGACAUCGUUGCGAUUGGGGGCGGUCCGGCUGAACCCGAGGUAUGUACAGUAGAGGGACGGAAGCUAGGGAGUGAUGUGACGGCAACUAGGGGCGACACGACGGCACCUAAGAAGAGACACGACGGCCCAAGAAACGACAUGACGGCACCUAAGAAGCGACACGACGGCCCAAGAAGCGACACGACGGCCCAAGAAGCGACACAACGGCAACCACCGAGCGGCGCGCUGCCGCCCGCGCGUCGCUCCAAAAUCCUUCCGAGAAAACCCCAGCAUUAGUUCCGUGGUGUUCACUCGUGACCGUUCCGUGGCAGGCAUGUAUCCGGUAAUCACGCCUUGCCGGCAGCGUUUUCAUGCGCCACCCAGUCCUC